CAAUGAUUUCAAAAUAUGGGAGUAAUUAUGAAACUGCCUUUAGAGAAACUGCAGGUAGCAGUAAUUCUGGCUGUAACGUGGAUGACAUAACUGAAAAGGCUAUUGGAGACUUUGGUUCUUGGCAACUACGAAUAAGCCUACUCAUGGCAUUGUUAAAGCUGCCCAUGGCUUGGUACCAGCUCAAUAUAAUAUUUAUGGCUCCUCCACAAGACUUUUGGUGUGAAAAACCUGAUUCUCUAUCAAUGUAUUCGGAUGACGAAUGGCGUAAAAUGUGCAUUCCACACAUUGAAGAACAUCCGUGUCUUAUAUUCGAUCCACAAAUAUUAGCACUCUCACCAGUCAUAGAUCGUUCCCUUAUACCUCUUGUAGAAUGCAAAAGAUUUGUGUACAACAAUACCUUGUUCAGGCGCACGAUUACAUCGGAAUGGAACCUUGUGUGUUCUAAGCAUUGGUUGGUUCAUCUAACUCAGUGUAUUAUGAUGUGGGGAGUUCUUCUUGGAGGUAUAGUGUUUGGUGUGAUUGCGGAUAAAUACGGCCGGCGAUUACCACUUAUGAUUGCUAUAGUGAUGCAAAGUGUGUGCAGUUACAUUGCCAGUUUCCUUCCAUGGUAUUGGUGGUGGUUAGGAGUAUGGUUUCUGUUAGCAUUGGCUUCUGGAGGCUUGGGAAUUAUCUCCUUUGUGGUUUGUAUGGAGGCAGUAAGUGGAAAAUGGAGAACUACGAUUCCUGUAUUAUAUCAACUUCCUUUUGGAUUUGGGAGUGCUGUCAUGGCAUGUUUAGCCUAUUUCCUUCGGGACUGGAGGAAGUUGGAAUUUGCUUUGGCAACCUUAUCAUCUUUAUACAUAUUGUAUUGGUUCUGGGUACCAGAAUCGCCGCGGUGGUUACUAGCUACAGGACAAAUUGACAAAGCUCUCGACGUUUUAAGAAAAGCUGCCAUUCAAAAUGGAAAAGAAAAUGACUUCCACAAUGUGAAACACUUGCUGCCAAAAUGUAAAGGACAGAAGAGACAUGAUCCAGGAUUCAUUGCGUUUUUUAAAUUUAAGAACAUGAGACUGAAAACUUUAUUGCUAUCAGCUAAUUGGUUCUUUACAGGAUUAGCAUUUUACGCCUUUUCUCAAUAUCUUGGCAUGAUUGGAGGAAAUAUUUUUUUAACGGUCGCUGUAAGCGGUAUCAUUUACGUUCCUGGUGGGCUUGUAUGUGCGUUUAUUGUAACAAAAGUUGGAAGAAAAACCACACUAUGGACAUUUCAGCUUCUUACUGCUUUAUGUUUUGUUUUCAUUCUGUUAACACCGAGAGAUGUCUUCAAGAGCGACUGGCCAAGAUUAUUGUUUGCUGCUAUAGGAUUUGGAGGGUUAGCUGGGUCAGUUCCAGCACUAUACCUUUAUUCCGGAGAGAUGUUUCCAACUCUGGGCCGCAACGCUGGAGUAGGCGGAGUCACAACUUUUGCUCGAAUCGCUGCAAUGAUUGCACCCGGGGUGGUUGGGUUAGACGGCCUUCUACCGGACCUUCCAUUGAUAUUGCUGGCUAUCGUAUCGUUUGCCCAAAUGUUGUUGAUUAUUCCACUGCCCGAAACAAAGGACUACCCACUGCCAGAUACAUUGGAACAAGCUGAACAAUUUACAAGAAAAACCACUCAACGGGAUCAAAUACACGAUAAUUUAAAGAAAAAAUCCAUAUUUGGUUUUAUGUGAAUAAAAUUUUAAUACAAAGUUACAUAGAACACUGACAUUCCUAAUAAAAUUACACAUUUUAUGAUUGUUUUGGUUUACAUUAUGUCUAAAAUAAAUUAUUUAUACACCUAUGUAUACCUACUUAUAGCAUAGGAUAAGUAGAAAACGGUAAUUAUGACCAGUCUGAUCACUAGGUAAGUAAAAUACCAAAAGAUCACCAUAAAGUUUUGAAUAAAAAAAUGAAACAAAUGGAAUUUCUAAAUGCCUUUCUCGAUUGAGUAUGCUUAUCAAGUCUUAUGAUAGAAUGUAUGGUGUAGUGUCUUGGACAAUAAAACCUGAUAAAACUGUUGCAAUCCCGUCAGUAAUAAUAAUUAUGUUAGUGACCAUGAAAGUCUAUAACAAUAAAUUUUAGAAGUUUUCGAUUACAAUUACUAUAAUAAAUUAUUGAAAUUACCACAAAUGGUUUCUUUUGUAAGAAGUCCUUAAAACACAUAAAAAAUGACCAUAGCAUUAGUCUCUUGAGGCAACUAUUUACAUCUUACUUACAAACAUUAACACAUAGGUAUUCAUUAAAAAUAGGUAUUUAAAAUUUUCGUUUCUAGUUUGAUGCAAUAUUAGUACUUAAUAACAUUCAUAGAUUCAUGCCACGGUCAAGAAUAAGACUAUUAUUGUAUAAGUCUACACAUUUUAUGGUAGUAAAGAAUGUAUCACAUGAUGGUGUACUUUUAACACUAACUUAGAAUAAUUGUUUUUUGGAAUAUGGAGUUUGCUUUAAUAAUACCUAAUUAUACAUUUGUGUACAAAAACAAAUAAUUUAGAUCUUCAUAUUUAUAAGCAAGCAGAAUAGAAUGAAAUGUAAAAAACACAUCUUAAUUAACAUUACACAUAACCAGAAUGUUUGAGCCUCAAAAUUAUUUAGGAAA